AUGUCGGCAGCCCAGACGGAAAAGGGAUGCUUUUGCGAAAUCUCGCGAGCCGUGCGGAUUCGCGAGGUGCUGUUUGACACUCAGUGUGCCCACCGGGGAACCCCUGCUCAACCUCGAACCUGCGAAACUUUUCUGACCCAUUCAGCCAUUGUUUACUUCACCCACGUGUACCCCGACGCAGUCUCAGCCUUCGAGAUAAACAGGAACAGGAGGAGUCAACCAACCUUUUCUUGCAGGAGCGUCUCAGAGCUCAUCUCCUGUCCUGGGUGUAAGCGAGUAUACCUUACCAGGGAUGUAACUGAACAUUUUUUCCUGCAGUGCGUUUCUACUGGGCAAUCCAAGAUGGCCAGGAACUGCUCCGAGUGCAAGGAGAAGAGGGCAGCGCACAUCCUGUGCACCUACUGCAACCGCUGGCUGUGCAGCUCGUGCACCGAGGAGCACCGGCACGGCCCUGCGCCUGGGGGCCCACUCUUUCCCCGGGCCCACAAGGGACCACCAGGAGUGAGUGGCGGUUCUGGGGACUUCGCUUUGUACUGUCCUCUACACACACAGGAAGUGCUCAAGCUAUUCUGUGAGACCUGCGAUGUGCUCACGUGCCAUAGCUGCCUCAUGGUGGAACACAAAGAACACAGGUGUAGACAUCUGGAAGAAGUUUUGCAAAACCAGAGGAUGCUUCUAGAAAGUGUGACUACACAGGUGGCUCAUAAGAAAUCCAGUCUACAGACAUCUGCAAAACAAAUUGAGGACAGGAUUUUUGAGGUGAAGCAUCAGCACAGGAAGGUGGAAAACCAGAUCAAAAUGGCCAAGAUGGUUCUGAUGAAUGAGCUGAACAAACAGGCCAACGGACUCAUAGAGGAGUUGGAGGGCAUUACUAAUGAGAGAAAGCGGAAGCUGGAACAACAGUUACAGAACAUCAUGGUCCUCAACCGUCAGUUUGAGCAUGUGCAGAAUUUCAUCAACUGGGCUGUCUGCAGCAAAACCAGUGUCCCUUUCCUAUUCAGCAAAGAGCUGAUUGUGUUUCAGAUGCAACGAUUGCUAGAGACAAACUGUAACACAGAUCCGGGCUCCCCUUGGAGUAUCAGAUUCACCUGGGAGCCUAACUUCUGGACCAAGCAGCUGGCUUCCCUUGGCUGUAUAACUACUGAAGGUGGACAGCUGUCCCGGGCAGAUACCCCUGCUUAUGGAGGCUUGCAGGGACCGUCAUCCUUUUAUCAAAGCCACCAGUCUCCAGUGGCUCAGCAAGAGACUCUCAGCCACCCCUCACACAAGUUCCAGUCUCCAGCCCUGUGUUCCUCCUCUGUGUGCUGCUCCCACUGCUCCCCAGCCUCGCCCUCCCUCAAAGGCCAGGUCCCCCCACCCAGCAUACACACAGCCCACAGCUUUAGGCAGCCCUCUGAGAUGGCAUCCCAACAACUGGGGUCUCUGCAGUGCUCUUCCCUGCUGCCCAGGGAGAAGGAGCUGGCUUGCCAUCCUCAGCCCCCAAAGCUGAUGCAGCCCUGGCUGGAAACCCAGCCCCCUGUGGAGCAGGAGAACACAUCCCAGCGGCUGGCACCACAGCUGACUUCCCAGCCAGUAUGCAUCGUGCCCCCGCAGGACGUUCAGCAAGGAGCCCAUGCCCAGCCUACCUUGCAGACCCCCUCUAUCCAAGUCCAGUUUGGCCACCACCAGAAGUUGAAGCUCAGCCACUUUCAGCAGCAGCCGCCUCAGCAGCUGCCGCCUCUGCCCCCUCCACCGCCUCCACCCCAGCAGCCGCCGCCUCCCAUACCUCCGUCCCAGCAUCUGGCCUCUAGUCAGCAUGGGAGCCCUCCUGGGCCUGCCUGUUCCCAGAAUGUGGAUAUAAUGCACCACAAAUUUGAGCUGGAGGAGAUGCAGAAGGACCUGGAGCUUCUCCUUCAGGCUCAACAGCCCAGCCUACAACUAAACCAGACCAAAUCUCCUCAGCAUCUUCAACAAACCAUUGUGGGGCAAAUCAACUACAUUGUGAGGCAGCCAGCGCCUGUCCAGUCCCAGAGCCAAGAGGAUGCUGUGCAGGCUUCAGAUGAGCCUUCAGCGUCUGAAGGUCCAAAGCCAGCUCUCCCUCUUGACAAGAAUACUGCUGCUAACUUGCCCCAGGCUCCUGGGGAGGAAACCCCUCCCGGUGUCCCUCCACUGGACGGCACCAUCCAGCACUCCUCUCCAAAUGUGGUGAGAAAGCACUCCACUUCGGUGAGCAUCAUGGGCUUCUCCAACACAUUGGAGAUGGAGCUGUCAUCUACCAGGCUGGCAAGGACCCUAGAGCCACAGAUGCAGAGUGUGAGCAGCCUGACUGCUGCCCCUUCCCACAUGGUCCCAAGCCUGCUGAGCAGCACACCCACAACUGUGUCCGGCCUGAUGAGUAGUCAAAGCCAGGCUAUGCCCAGCCUGACCGUCAGUCAUCUGCAGACUGUACCCAGCCUUGUGCGCAGCACACCCCAGUCUAUGCCUGGUCUGAUGAAUGAUUCCUCCCAGGCCAUCACAAGCCUAGCAAGUGAUCACUCGCAGGCCAGGCCCAAUCCAAUGUCUGGUGCCACCCAGACUAUGCCAAGUCUGGCAACUUGUCCUCUGCAGAGUAUGCCUCCAGCUUCUGACAUGCAACCGGAAACCGGAUCCAGCUGCAGUCCUGGCUCUGGCCGAACUGGAGGGAGCCUGUGCCCUGCAGAUGGGGCUGACCCCUCCCUUGGGAAUGCCCUGUGUAAGAUGGAGAGUGAGGAUUCUACUCGCUUCACUGACUCUCUGGGACAAGACCCCACAACCCCGGGUCUGGAGGUUUCCAAGGAUUUGGCUGUGCCUUCAGAACUGGAGGAGCCAAUUAAUCUCUCUGUGAAGAAACCUCCACUGGUCCCAGCAGUCAAUACAUCCAUGGCUCUGCAGCAAUACCGGAACCCAAAAGAGCAUGAGCAUUUUGAACAAGGAGCCGUGGAGUUGGAUGCAAAGGAGAAUCAGAGUAUCAGGCCCUUCCACAGCGAGCCCAAGAUUCCCUACGUGCGGCUGGAGCGGCUCAAGAUCUGUGCUGCCUCCUCGGGAGAGAUGCCAGUGUUCAAGUUGAAGCCCCAAAAGAAUGAGCAGGAUGGGAGCUUCCUGCUGAUCAUCGAGUGUGGCACUGAGUCCUCCAGCAUGUCCAUUAAGGUCAGCCAGAACAACAUGCCUGAUGCCAUCCAGGCCCCAAGUCUGGGGGGAAGAAAGGUCACUGUCACUUCUCUGCCUGGGCAGCAGACACCAGAGGGGGAGGGUGUAUCUCCUGAGGAGCAAAGACUCAUUCCUCGGACCCCUGGAGCCAAGAAGGGGCCCCCAGUCCCCAUGGAGAACGAGGACUUCUGCGCCGUGUGCCUCAACGGAGGGGAGUUGCUGUGCUGUGACCGCUGUCCCAAAGUGUUCCACCUCUCCUGCCACCUGCCGGCCUUGCUUGGCUUCCCAGGGGGAGACUGGGUUUGUACCUUGUGCCGCAGCCUGACCCAGCCAGAGAUGGAGUAUGACUGUGAGAAUGCCCGCUAUUACCAACCUGGAACGCGGGCCACUCCUGGCCUGAGCGUCUAUGACCAAAAGAAGUGUGAAAAGCUGGUGCUGUCCUUGUGCUGCAAUAGCCUCAGCCUGCCCUUCCACGAGCCCGUUAGCCCACUGGCCCGGCAUUACUACCAGAUUAUCAAGAGGCCCAUGGACCUGUCGAUCAUCCGGAGGAAGCUGCAAAAGAAGGACCCAGCUCACUAUACCACCCCAGAGGAGGUGGUAUCAGACGUCCGCCUCAUGUUCUGGAACUGUGCGAAGUUCAAUUAUCCUGACUCAGAAGUCGCAGAGGCCGGCCGCUGCCUGGAAGUGUUCUUUGAGGGCUGGUUGAAGGAGAUCUACCCGGAGAAACGGUUUGCCCAGCCAAGGCAGGAGGACUCAGACUCCGAGGAGGUGUCUAGCGAGAGUGGGUAUUCCACUCCCCAGGGCUUCCCAUGGCCCCCCUAUGUGCAGGAGGGCAUCCAGCCCAAGAGGCGGCGGCGACACAUGGAGAACGAAAAAGCAAAACGCAUGUCCUUCCGCCUGGCCAGCAGCGUCUCCCAGGUGUGAGAGCCGGCAGCAGAGCAAGCAGCCUGGCAGCUGCCACCCCAUCCUGUCGACCACUGUCCCCACCUUUCAGCUCAUUCUCUUCAGACCGUGGAUGUGAGACGAGUCUUGUCGAGCCAUGGAGUGCUCUUCUUUGCCGUUUGCAUCUUACAGCAUUCAUUUGGGAGCCAUCGUGCAUCCACAACAGAGAAGAUUCCAGUAAUAAACAGCAAAGAGGGAGGUGUUCCCGAUUCCCAGACAAAUCAGAUGUGUAGGGUCCACUGGACAAGACCGCGCCGGUCAGGCUCGGGAAGGCCUAACCUCCUUGGUGACCUCUUUCUGCUGAGGAAAGCAGACUUUUCUCACCUUUCAGUGCGCAGGGCUCAGGAGCAGUGUAUAUAUCCGAAGUUCUCCUGGGCCCUGGGGUGGGGUGUGGAGAGAAGGGAAAGAGGUUCUGACAUAUAGCAGGCCUGUGAUCGCUGGCCCAGCACAGCCAAAGACUGUCACUAUUUGCCUUUGCUUGGCCUGCUGGGACAGGAUGCUGCCCUGUGCAGGAUAAUGGAGGCUUCUAGAGGCCGGAGGUCUCAAUUGGUGCCUAUUUGGGUUCUAACGGUUUUCAGGGUAUUUGUUCCUCAUGUCCCCUCUCCUGAUGUUGACUUAGGUGGCCGCUGUGCUCUAGGUGGUAUGGCCUUCUUGAUGGGGCUGGGUGGCUGUGCAGGGACGGCUGAUGGCUUCAGGCUCAGAUUUCACUGGCAGGCUUAAGGAGACGUCAGCUGCAGAGCCUGUCCUCUGUGUUACUGACUUUGGGUUCAUAGCUUUUCUUCGGGGUCAGAACCUGCUUUCCUGGGAGUGAUUGUCAGUGGCCAUCUCUUCAGUGUCUCCACUCAGGUCCGGACCCUGAGUUCUGCCUUGGAAACCUGAGAGGCAGGGGCUGGCCAAGGAGGCGGCCCCAGAACAGCUCACCCUGCUGGGCUUCUCCUCCUUCUUAGACAUCCUAGCCCUCAGCUUCUCCACUUUCACAGAGCCAAAGAUCAGAAGCGAGUGCUCUGACUCGCCUGUCCCUGGGCUCCCCACAGCCCAGAAAAAGCCAAGACACAUUUUCUGAUGGAGGCUGGAGAAGGCCAGAGGGUGAGCCAGGAGGCGGAUCUAACUGCUCCUGGGGAACAUUGUGUCUAGGGUGGAGAAGGGAAAAACUUGAGAGCUGAGGAGCCAGAGUCCUUCAGUGACUUUGAAGCAACUUCAGGAUGUCACUUCUCCAAGAAUGCAGAGGGAAGUGUUCUGGAAGCCGCAGGCACAGGAAUUCCAGACUGCAUCUCAGGUGGAGAAGGAUCUUCAUGGCCUGAGAGGGGUGUUUGGGAGGAGGAGGCACAGGCAGCUGCGGGGAAUCAGGCUCUUUCCCGAGCGAGGACUUGGUGGGGAAGGAAGCUACUGCCGAUGAUGCUGGGGGAGAUGAGAGCGGCCGCGCCCAUGGCCUGGCCUGCAGACGCAGCUGUCUCUGGUCUGGUCAUGGUGUGACUAAUUUCAAGGGAGUCUUAGGUCAUGGCUUUAUUUUUGCUAAGAGAUGAAGUUUAAGGAAGUUCUUGUGUGUAGGGCCUUUGUCAAUGGGAACAUUCUGCUUGGAGAAAACAUUUCUUCUCUCCUGGUCAGUUGGUGUUACUGCUCAUUUCCUUCACCCCGCAGGCUGAGAGGCCAUCUUCACUUCAGAACCAAUCGCGCCGUUGGCCUGCCAUUCUUUCACCAGCCCUUGCCAGGCUCUCCUCCGCAGAUGGGCUUCCAUAGUCCUGUUUCCUAGUCAGGAGUAACUAAGUCUUUAAUACUCCAGUAGCCAGGCAAUCUUUAGGUCCAGCCCUCUGCUCUUUGGGGCACACAUGACUCUGGCUUGGGUUUUAGCCACUUUCCUUUCAAUAUUUGAAUCUUUUUUCCCCUGUUCAGUUGACUUGGCAAGGUUCCCUCUGUAAUUACCUCACUAAUUCAUGCUCUUGGUCAUCUUUCCUUUGUUGUGGCCCCCACCCCCACCUCCCCUGAAUGAGCAUCGUGGUGCUAUGUGUCGGACAGCCAGGUAAGGGCUGCAACAGGCUCAAAUCUGAUUGGGAUCCUUCCAAAGGACCAACUGAGGCCACAAAUAACUAGAAAUGCCUGGCUAACUGCUUGGCUUCCCUCCUAUGACAUAUAGUGUGCUGGGCCAGAGGUCUUAGUAAUGUAGUAGAGAGUCACAUAUUCCUUUCCCAUCGCAGAGACCCUGCCUGCUGAGAGGUCCACUUCAGCACCUGAGGCUCUGCCCCACCACACCACCCCUGCACUGGUUACCCCACACCCCGCCUCUCCCCAGGCUUUUCCUGUGGACUUAGCACCAAUGUUUUAUGUCGUGGUUUGGUUUUAUUUUUGCAUGCAGAAAACAGAACAUGGGUUUUUAGAAAUUAAAAGAAAAAGCUGCUAGCCGAGUGACUGACUUCAGUGGCUCUUUGCUAACGUCUGAGCUGAUCCUGCUUUUGACUUACUCCUAUAAUGGCCCCCUUUGAAGUCAGUCAGAUCUUUUGGCCUUUGACUAAGUCAUGAAAUGGCAGUGAGUUCUGGGUCCUCCCAUUAUAGAAUGAAGUCUGAAAGGAGAAAUGGGGCUCCUUGGAUAUACUGAGAAAUAGGAGGGCAGAGGGGCUUCAGUGGAUGCAAAGGGGGUUUUAGUGCAAAAAUUGGUGCAGGAUGAAAAAAAAAAUUGGUGCAGGAUGAAUUGCGGAGUACUCUUCCAGAACAUGGGUAGUCCGGCCCUACCUGACUUCUAGUAGUUGCCAACUACACCCCCUCUAAAGGUCCCCCUCCCACAGUGGCAGCUGCCUGACCCUCUGUAGACUCUGCUCUAAGACUUGAUAGGUUCUGGUUCCCUCUGGCAACAGGUCUUUGCCUUGCUUCUGAGACCUAGACCUCUCCUCAUUUGUUCCCAGGCUCUGCUCUGCUCUCUCUCCCACUCCCUGAUGUCAUGUCACCUGUAGUCUUCUUUUCUGAACUUCCAAACUGAGACUUUGCUCCUUUGGGAUCACCAUCCCCCAUGCUUCCUCUUCUCCCAUGCCCUCCCUGCUGUUUAUUGAAAUUGCCUGCUCCUUUAGUCCAGUUCCCUGACCUCCUCUCUCUUUGUCUCAGCCUUCUCCCGGGCUUCUUCCUCUCCCUAGCCUGAGCCCGUGGUGCAUCACAUAUGGACAUUUUUAUCAGGAUCCUGAGCUUUCUUAUCCCCUCUAACUCAAAACUUCCCCUGAAACUGUCAACUGUUCUCCAUUUUUGGCAUCAGCUUAUUUUCUGCUCCCCUCUCCUAGGUUGCUAAGCAUGACAGCUUCACAGUUGACUCCCUCAGUUGGGCUGUCAAUAUUGAUGGGUGUAUCUUUGACUUAUAAUUACACCGCUCUCUGUCUAUGCCCCUUAUCUUUGCUCUCAGCAAAUGACUGACCCCACUGCCUACUUCACAGAACAGAGUCCCUAAAGUGAGAAACUCCUUGCCCAUUUGCUCCUCUCUCCCUCCCAUCUGUGUCCACAUCCCUCCUCAGAUUGUUCCCUUCUGCUCCUGUUCAGGGCUCUGUUUCUUGAAUCCUGCUCUGUGGCCUCCAAGACUUUGCUCUGUCCCUUAUCCCACCACUCCCACUUCCUGGGAGCUCAACCUCCCUCUCCAAUGGCAGCUCCACAAAGCCUACACAAGCAGAGGUCGCCCCCAGACUAAAACAAAGCUUCUUAGAAUCGGUUGCUCCUUACCCAUUGUCCUUAUUGACUAAGUUUCUUUUAAAAAGGAUUUUUUUUUCCAUUAAUUCUUCUCACUCUUCAACCUCCACAGCUUUUCAUAAGAGUCACCAGUGACCACCUAGUUGCCAAAUCGAAAGAAUACCUUUCAGUUCUCAACCGUCUUGACGUCUCUACAGCAUUUCACACCAUCUGCCACUCGCUCUUUGGAGACAGCCCCAUCAUAUGGCUUUUCUGACACCACAGGUGUCUGGGUUAUUCUCUUCCCUCUCGGCCACCCAGGCCGAGACUUUCUUAACGUCUUGACAAGCGAACACAUCCAUAGCUCCUUGCGGUCUCCCCUCUUCAGGAAUGGGGCAGUCAGGAGGAAGCACGGCUGCUCCUGCUCCCUUCCCUCUGUGUUUUCCUGUUCUCCCUGAGUCUCUUUCUUCCCCUGGGCUCAG